AUGCUGACCCCAGCCAGUCCCAGAGCCAGACCCCAGACCAGAGCCAGUCCCCUGAGCCAGUCCCCCAGAGCUAGUGCUCCGAGCCAGAGCCAUCCCCAGAGCCAGACCCCAGACCCCAGAACCAGUCCCCCAGAGCCAGUCCCCCAGAGCCAGAGCCAGACCCCAGACCCCAGUCCCCAGACCCAGUCCCAGUCCCCAGUCCCCCAGACCCCAGCCCCCAGCCCCCCAGAGCCCCAGAACCCAGCCCCCAGACCCCAGACCCCAGAGCCAGUCUCCAGUCCCCCAGACCCAGACCCCAGUCCCCCAAGUCCCCCAGACCCCAGACCCCAGUCCCCCAGGACCCCCAGUCCCCCAGACCCCAAUCCCUUACAUUUCCCUUCCGCGCGAGACCCGUCCGUCUGUUCUGGCGCCCCAAAAGCAGACGCGUAG